GUGAAAUAAAAUUCCAAAACCUUGAAGGACAAACUGCUUUUUGAGAUUCCUACAUUGCCUACAAGGGACCACAUACAACAAAGCCUACUAAGGCCAUUUCUCAUCUCUUUUUUCCAUUCAACACUGAAAAGGAAAAUGAGACCCAGAAGAGUCUGUCCUGAAAAGGAAGCUUUGAAAUUCAUCGCAUCUGGGAAAGAUAAAGACAUAUUUCAGUCAAGAGUCAAGAGAACGAUUGUUGAUGAACAGAAAAGAGCAGAUUUGUGUGCAUUUGUGACUACAAACAUCACUAAAGGAGAAGAAAUGAUGUUGGACUGCGGAGAUCCUGACUGCCCAUGGAGACAGGUAGCAGGAUGCUUGGUCCAUUACAUCCUGACGGAUGGACAACACCCUCAUCAGACAACUACACCCUACACCCAGGAUCCACUUGGAAAUAGUGACACAAAUGAUGAUCUUUCUGAAAUAAGGGCUGCCAGCUCAGAAAAGACUUCAGUCUUCAGUCUUGGAUACAUCAGUAAAUCACUAGUGCCAUUAAAUCAAAACGCAAGAGCCAGAAAGCCCUGGUCAGAAACAGAGAGGAAAGUCAUAGAACACUGUUUCAAGAUCUACUUUAAGGAAAUUAAGGCUCCUGGAAAAGUGGACUGUGAAAGAUGCAUAAAUGCAAACAGGAUUCUAAAGGACAAUGGAAGAGACUGGAAAACAGUUAAAUACUUUGUGCUCAACAGAAUAAUUUCAGUAAAGAGAAGUUUGGGUGAACAGUACUGAGCCCAUAAACCCUGAGAGCUAUUUUUAGAGAGAUUAUGAGAAUAAAGUUUGACUUGAUUUCAUUCAAAAUGCUGUUU